AUGUCUGGAUUGGGCAGUCCAUUGUUGCUUAUCAAAAGCAACAAUGGCUUUGGUCUGUCUCUUGGCUGUCCUCUGUUUAGUCACAGGUGGGAGCAGCCAAGACUUAACAGCUAAUGACUGUGACCAGGGUCCCGCUGUGUGGUGCCAAGAUGUGGCUACAGCAAGGAAGUGUGACAAAGUAUCCUACUGUUUUAAGCACGAGUGGAAAAACAGCUUGGAAAAGAAUCUUCAUUUGUCUAAUUUUGGUGAUGCUACCACCAUAGAAGAUUUUAAACAAUUGUCCAGAGUGCUUGAGAACUGGAGAGAAUCAGAAAAUCUGCUUCAGAUGGUGGACAAUUCACUGUCAAUUUCUGACCCUUCAUCUCUUCUGCAACAGGACACAGAUGUAGACUGUCCUAUAAAUAAACGUAAAAAGGAUAAAAAGAAAAAAAAGAAUAAGAAAAAGAACAAGAAAAAGAAGAAGAAGCCAAAGAAACCCAAAAAGCCAAAGAAACCCAAAAAGCCAAAGAAACCGAAGAAGCCAAAGACAGAUAAAUGCACUGUUUGCAAAACAAUUAUGGACAAAGUAAAAGAAGCAAUACCUGCUGAUAAUGAGAUGGAUACCAUCAAGGAAAACCUGAAGAAGGUCUGUGAUGAAAACUUUGAGGAUGAUGACAGCACUGCAUGCCACAGUAUUGUGGAUUCAAAUGUUGAUGACAUUGCAGAGUCACUCAAGGGUGGAGAGGAUGCUGAAGCCAUCUGCAGCAAAGUGUCACAAUGCUAGAUCAUUGCACAGAGUGUCACAGGCUGUGAAGAUUUGAAGGUUUCCUCAGAAUUUACAUUGCUGUUACCUUUACAUCUCUUGCAAUGACCCUGAUCUUGGAAUGAGAGAGCAGCUUAAACUGCAUCCUAUAAAAUGCAUUGCUAACAUAAAUGUUGUAUAAUUUCUUUGUUUUUUUUUUA